AUGUCAUCCACUGGAACAACUGUACCAGUGACCGAGCCCCGUCGAGAGCGGAAACCCUCCGUCGGAGCUCCAAUUGCCGAUCUCCAGGGUCCUGUCGGUCCGGGGUUUAGUCGUCCCAAGCACAAGCGUACUUUUACCGGCUUGGGCCCCACCGAGAUUAAGAGUGUCGAGGCCAGCAUUCCUGAGCCACUUCGUGAGGCUUGGAGAAAGCAUUCGGCUACCGAAUUCACGACCAAAGAAGAAUUCGAGACAGAAUUAGUUCGCCAUAUCGAAACGACGCUCGCUCGUUCACUUUACAAUUGUGAUGAAUUGGCGGCGUACUCAGGCACUGCACUUGCUUUCAGAGACCGGCUGAUCAUCGAGUGGAACAAGACUCAGCAGCGUCAAACUUUCACCGAUCAAAAACGUGUCUAUUAUCUGUCGCUUGAGUUCCUUAUGGGACGUGCCCUGGACAAUGCUAUGUUGAAUGUCGGCUUGAAGGAUGCCGCCCGCGAGGGUCUGAAGGACCUUGGGUUCCGCAUCGAGGAUGUAAUUAACCAGGAACACGAUGCGGCCUUGGGCAACGGUGGCCUCGGGCGUUUGGCAGCGUGUUUCUUGGACAGUAUGGCGACAUUGAAUUAUCCAGCCUGGGGAUACGGACUUCGUUACCGCUAUGGUAUCUUCAAACAAGAGAUUGUUAAUGGAUACCAAGUCGAAAUUCCGGACUACUGGCUUGACAACAACCCUUGGGAGUUCCCACGACACGAAAUUACCGUCGAUAUUCAGUUCUACGGCAAUGUCAAGAAAUUCCAAGACGAGAAUGGCAAGAUCGCACACUCGUGGGAGGAUGGUGAAGUUGUCCAGGCCACCGCCUACGAUGUUCCCAUCCCAGGAUACGGCACCAAGACCACCAACAACCUUCGCUUAUGGUCUAGCAAGGCCAGCAGCGGAGAGUUCGACUUCCAGAAGUUCAAUGCGGGAGACUAUGAGAGCGCAGUCGCAGACCAGCAGAAUGCCGAAACAAUCUCUGCUGUACUCUACCCUAACGAUAACCUCGAGCGAGGCAAAGAAUUGCGCUUGAAGCAGCAAUAUUUCUGGUGUGCUGCUUCAUUGUUUGACAUCGUUCGACGGUUCAAGAAGACCAAGCGAGCCUGGAGCGAGUUUCCAGAGCAGAUUGCGAUCCAGCUUAAUGACACGCAUCCCACCCUUGCAAUCGUCGAGUUGCAGCGUAUCCUGAUUGACAAGGAAGGUCUCGAGUGGGACGAGGCUUGGGACAUCGUUACCAAGACUUUCGCUUAUACUAACCACACUGUCCUCCCCGAGGCGCUGGAGAAAUGGUCUGUCCCGCUGAUGCAGAACUUGCUUCCACGACACUUGCAGAUUAUCUAUGAGAUCAAUCUGUUCUUCUUGCAAUCUGUUGAGAAGCGAUUCCCCAAGGAUCGAGAAAUCCUGUCCCGAGUCUCGAUCAUUGAGGAGUCACAUCCUAAGAUGGUGCGCAUGGCCUAUCUAGCCAUCAUUGGCUCCCACAAGGUCAAUGGUGUGGCUGAGCUGCAUUCGGACCUACUCAAAACCACACUGUUCAAGGACUUUGUGGAAAUCUAUGGACCCGACCGCUUCACCAACGUGACCAACGGUAUCACACCCAGGCGCUGGCUUCACCAGGCCAACCCCCGACUGUCUGCGCUGAUUGCAGAGAAGCUUGGAGGGUACGAUUUCCUGAAGGAUCUCACGCUUCUGGACAAGAUUGAAGCAUUUGUCGAUGACAAGGCCUUCCGCGAAGAGUGGGCGGUCAUCAAGCGGGAAAACAAAGAGCGUCUUGCCAGACACAUCAAGAGCACUACUGGAUUUGACGUCAACCCCAAUGCCCUCUUUGAUGUGCAGGUUAAGCGUAUCCACGAGUACAAGCGUCAGCAGCUCAACAUCUUCGGAGUCAUCCACCGCUACCUGACUAUCAAAGCUAUGUCAGCCGAAGAGAAAAAGAAGGUGGUGCCCCGUGUUUCUAUCUUCGGUGGUAAGGCAGCGCCCGGAUACUGGAUGGCAAAGACCAUCAUCCACCUCAUCAACAAGGUGGCUGAGGUUGUGAACAAGGACCCGGAGGUCGGCGAUCUCUUGAAGGUGAUUUUCAUUGAGGACUACAAUGUCAGCAAGGCAGAGAUCAUCUGCCCGGCCUCGGAUAUCAGCGAGCACAUCUCAACCGCUGGUACUGAAGGCAGUGGCACGAGUAACAUGAAGUUCGUUCUGAACGGCGGUUUGAUCAUCGGCACCUGCGACGGAGCCAACAUUGAAAUCACUCGUGAAAUUGGAGAGCAGAACAUCUUCCUCUUCGGCAACCUUGCCGAAGACGUCGAGGACCUUCGCCACCGUCACUUCUACGGCAACUUCAAGCUGGACCCCCAGUUGGAGCGCGUUUUCGACGCCAUCAAGAACAACACUUUUGGCGAUAAGGCGGCCUUCUCCGCCCUUACAGCCUCUAUCGAAGAGCAUGGUGACUAUUACCUGGUCUCGGACGACUUCAACUCCUACAUCACCACGCACCAAAUGGUCGACGAGGCUUUCCAGAAUCAGGAAGAGUGGCUAGCGAAGUCGAUCACUUCCGUCGCGCGCAUGGGAUUCUUCUCCAUGGAUCGUGUUACCAACGAAUAUGCGGAUAGUAUUUGGAAUGUUGAGCCUCUUCCUGUUGAGGACUAG